AUGUCAACGAUAUUACUGAAAGCUCAGGAUCCAAAUGAUUCGCAUAUCUCUGUCAAUGCAGGUACAGCUAGCUUCAAUAAUUCCUCGGAAAUGAACGAAAUACAAGAUGAAAAUAAUGUGUCUCUAGAAACCUCGGAUGAUUCUAAGAAAAUAAGUUGCAAGCGCUGGAGUGAAGAAGAACACAAUUCACUUCGUAAAUAUUUUGGUGAAUAUUUAAGAACCCAAACAUAUCCAACUUUGCCAUUUAUUAAGGAAGUUAAAGAAAAGUAUAAAAUCUUACCUAAUCGGAAUGAAGAUGCCAUUAAAACAAAAUUAAAAAUCAACUGGAAACAUAAAAAAAACAAUUCUAAAUUGACACAUAAGGUUGAAAAACUGAAAAACUCGGAAAGUGAUCUAGUUAAGCAGCACAAAAUGUAUAUAUUUGAUCCACACAUCAAGAAGGGACUUUUACCUACAAAAAAAGAGUGUGUAGAAGCUAAAAGAGCAGACAAAGUACUGAAAAAUGUUGAAGUUGAUUUAAUUCUC